CAUCAUCUCUGAGGACAGAAAAUCGAGAUGUUGGUGCUGUCCAACAGCACAGCCCUGAACCUGCUCCUGUCCAAACUGCUGCAGAAGUGCCUGGAGCAGAGCAACAGCUCCUCCCCUGCUGGGGUGAGCAGCGCCAGCAGCAGCCUGGAGAUCCUCUACGUGCUGCUGAUGCUGGGGCUGUUGGGGUUCUUCACCGUGGGGGUGCUGGUGACCAACCUGCGGGCGCGGCGCCUCGAGGGGCCCCCCGACCCCUACAGCACCGACAUCGCUGCCGACACCUGGCACCGGCAGGACAGGCUGAACCUCCGGCACAAGAUCAUCGAGAACUACAAACUCUGCUGCGUCCUGGAGAACCAGCUGGCCGUGGAGCAGCCGGGCAGCAAGAUCCCCGAGGAGAAAUCUGCCUAGGGGAAGGGAUUUUCCUGGGAUUUUCCUAGAGAAAGGGUUGUGAGUGGUGCAGGGAUGA